UUAAUGCAUGUUUCAGUUUAGUAUUCAGUCCAAAAACACAGUGCGAUCUUUCAGUGUUUACAUCUCGUGUAAUUAAUUCAAUUGUGUAAAGUAUACACGACAAGAUUCAAAGUGAAUUAACCUUAAUACAUUAAGUUAAAGUGAAUUUAAUUUACGUUUAUAUGAACGGAGUCUUUAUAGAAAAAAAGGUUGUAACAAUUCAUGGGCGAUACGUCUAAAUUAUGAGUUCAGUUUAAGUUGGUUGAUGAAUUUCUGUUUUCGAUUUAUUCAAAAAAUCACAAUGCAGUCUCAUGCUGAGACAAUUCGUAAAUACGGCCAUAGCCGGAGACCAUCCUACGGGAAAGCUAUGCCAGUAUCUGCAUUACUUAUGAACCGUACUUCCCAACAAGAUCGCCUGAACGAUACAAUAGCUAAGGACGGUGUGUCACCCCAAGACGAGUCACCGCCGAUGUUUUUUACUCUGGAUGAAGUGAAUUCUCAUCAUCAUUAUCAGCAAGGCAAUGAUCGUACGGUGGAAAAUAAAAAAUUUAUUGAAGCGGAUCAAAUGGACUGCAGUGUAAAUGCUGAAAAUGAAUUCGUGUUUGUGUCGCUAAAAGAUGCAUUGCCAUCGAGCCAUGACAUCGAAACGUGUCCAAUGACAGAAUUAUGUAAUCUGUUGUGUGAUAAUUCGUGCGAAAAAAUUGAGAAUAAAUUCGGAGAUAACGGUGGGUCUGGUGAAAUGAAUGCAAAAGUGCGUGCGGACGAUAGACAGAAAUUUUUAUCAAGUAUGUUAGCAGAUAACGUUACCUCAGCGGCAGACACAGAGUCAAUGAUAAAUGAAGAUAGUUUGAGAAAUGAACGGGCAACAGAAGAUUACAUCGAUAAGCUUAAGGUUAAUGAGGCCUUGGUGCGCACAUCAAUGAUGACUUCACCAGCAGCUCGGCGAAGAUUAGCUGCGAGGAAAAUUGAAAUGGAGCUUGAUGCGGCUUCUAAAGACGCUGAAGACAGUGAAUAUGUUCCACCCAGGCAACUUCUGAUGUUUCUAGUCAGAAUGGGCUCAUUCAAUUCGGCACCAAAGAUCAAUAAUGCAGACACGCAAGACGACUUUGUUGAUAUACCGGUCGGAUUAACAUCAACUGAUUUGGUACAUCAUUGCAUCCGAAUGAGAGGCGACAAUCGGCCGCCAUUAUUGAAGCGAAAUUUUCUCAAACCGCUGGACAUAACCGACGGCGUUCGAGUAUUGCAGCUAAACUCGGUCUCGAAAAUGGAUUAUUUUCCAGUAUGCAGCGCUCCGGUAUCGUCACCCAAUCAUGUUAGGGUACUGCAAUGGAAUGUUUUGUCUCAAUCUCUCGGACAAAGCAAUGACGGAUUUGUCCGUUGUCCUGAUGAGGCAUUAACAUGGGAAUGUCGCAAGUACUUAAUCAUCCAAGAAAUUGUCCAAACAGAUCCAGAUGUUGUAUGCUUACAGGAAGUUGACCACUUCAAGUUUUUGCAAUCCGUACUGGCCACACAGCAGUACGAAGGCAUAUUUUAUCCGAAACCAGAUUCUCCAUGUUUGUAUAUAAGUGAAAACAACGGACCCGACGGCUGUGCAAUUUUUUUCAAAAAGAACAAAUUCGAGUUGGUCAAUUAUGACACGAGAAUAUUGGAAGUGUGGCGCGUACAAAGUAACCAAGUGGCUAUCGGUGUUAAUUUGAAGGUGUUGGAAACUGGUAAAGAGUUUACCGUGUGCACAACACAUUUAAAGGCGCGCAAGGGCGCCCUGCUGUCAAAAUUGCGCAAUGAGCAGGGAAAAGAUUUGCUGCGAUUUGCUCAACACAUUGCUGACGUCAAACCCAUUAUUAUGUGUGGAGAUUUUAACGCCGAGCCGUCUGAGCCCGUCUAUAAAACCAUUCUGGAACACAAAUCUUUGGGAUUGUCUAGCGCCUAUUCCGAUUUGAUCGCUGCUCUAGGUGUACAUUUACCAAAACCAGUGGAAUGUGAAUCUCAUGAUGAUGAUGAUUCGGACACAGUCGAUAAUCAUGAACCCCCAUUUACAACGUGGAAAAUUCGGGAAGAUGGUGAAGUUUGCCACACCAUUGACUAUGUGUUCUACUCACAGGAUAAACUAAAGGUCAACAAUUGCCUAAUGUUCCCACAAGACAAUGAGAUUGGCCGUGAUCGUACCCCAAGUUUUCGUUAUCCUUCCGAUCAUUUCUCGUUGGUGUGCGACUUCGAGUUCACAGAGAACCGUGAUGAAACUGAAACCAGCCAUUAAUUGAAAGUGAUAUUAGAUUUAUACGAAAAACUGAGGAAAACUAUUUUUUUAAGAAUUGAACAGGAUGUGGACGG